AUGAAUUGUACCAAAUGCAAUGAAUCUUUGACGGACUCGGUGUCGUGUGCGCAGUGUUCGGGUGCUUAUCAUUACGUGUGUGCUGGGGUUUCGGAAACCAGCUACAAGAAAAUGGGCCCCGAGAAGCGAGCGGCCUGGCGGUGUAUAACGUGCCGCGCCGUGGUGUCUACCGACAACACUACAAACGCUGAAAUUUUGAGGGAAUUAAAGAACUUGAAAUCUGAAUUUAAUAGUUUCAAAUUGGAUCUUGAUACGGUGAAAAGGGACACUCACGAUACAGUGGAUGCGGUGCGGGAGUUAACGUUGAGUUGGACCAGUUUGGAAACGCGAAUAAAUCUCAUCGAAGAACGAAUGGGCGAACUGGAACUGAAAAUAACUAAAAUCUCCACCGACUGUGACAGUUCUAGAGAGGAAGUCGCUCUUCUCAAACAUAAUCAUAACCUGCAAGACCAGUUCUCGCGCUUGAACAAUGUUGAAAUUUUAGGAGUGCCAAGCAAAUCAGGCGAAAACCUACACAACAUAGUGAGCGACAUUUGUGCAGUGACGGGUUUUCGGCUUGAGCCCACCGACGUCGACACAGUUCAUCGAGUUAGACAAUUCGCAACUCACGACGGGCAGGCCCCCCGGCCCCCGGCCAUUGUGGUACGUUUUACCCGGCGCAGACGCAAGGACGAGUUGCUUGCAGCCGCCCGCGCGCGCCGCACGGUGACCACAGCCGAUAUCAAGCUAGCCGGCCCCCAGUCCAAAAUAUUUAUCAACGAGCACCUCACUCCAUCCAAUAAGCUGUUAUUAAAACGUGCCCGCGAGUUAAAAAGUGAACUGAAUUAUUCCUAUUUGUGGGAUAGAUAUGACACGGUAACGAGCGGUGAGACGGGAGCCGGGCCAUCGCGGGGCGGUGGUGUGCUGAUCGCGGUGGAGCGGGGGCUGCGCGUGCGCCGCCGCGACGAUUGGUGCUCGUCACAGUCGGCCGAGGAGCUUUGGACACAUCGUUUGGUAGACAUUUCCCAUUUUGAUAUUCCCGAAGACUUGGUUAAGGAACAUUUCGACCAGUUAGACGUUAGCAAAGGUCCUGGUUACGACGAUGUUCACCCAUUCCUAAUUAAAAAACUUAGCUCUGAACUCUCUGUACCUUUAACCAUAAUAUACAAUAAAUCAAUUACUGAAGGCUGUUGGAAGAUAUUUGGAAAAGAGCUUUGA